CCAAGGAGAUAGAUAGAGCCGAUACAACAACAACUGGGUUGUAUCUGCUCAAACACCCCAAAAAAAUCUACCUGCUUUCUUUCUGAAUCAUGUCGUUGAGCCCAAAGCACACUACGCCUUUUUCAGUGACAGAUAUUUUGAGUCCAAUCGAGGAGACCUACAAGAAGUUCAGUGGCAUGGACGGCGCAGGGAACCUAACCUCUCCACUGGGAGCCUACCGACAGCCUCAGGUGUCUCAGAGCGGCAUGCAACAGCACUCCAUGGGCCACAACGCUGCAGCCGUGGCCACCACGUACCACAUGCCGCACGGAGUCUCCCAGUUCUCCCACAGCGCCAUGGGGGGAUACUGCAAUGGGAGCAUUGGCAACAUGGGAGACCUGCCGUCGUACCAGGAGAGCAUGCGGAAUAGUGCAGCAGCAACAGGGUGGUACAGCACCAACCCGGAUCCGAGAUACUCCACAAUUUCUAGAUUCAUGGGACCUUCCACAGGUAUGAACAUGAGCGGCAUGGGGAGUCUCUCAGGAAUGGCGGACGCCUCCAAAUCCAUGCCGGUCCUGCACUCAGCGCCCAGGAGGAAACGACGCGUCCUGUUCUCGCAGGCUCAGGUCUACGAGCUGGAGAGGAGGUUCAAGCAGCAGAAAUACCUGUCGGCGCCGGAGAGGGAGCACCUGGCCAGCAUGAUCCACCUGACGCCGACCCAGGUGAAGAUCUGGUUCCAGAACCACCGGUACAAGAUGAAGCGCCAGGCCAAGGACAAGGCGACGCAGCAGCUGCAGCAACAGCAACAACAGGACGGUAACAACCUGCAGUGCCAGCAGGCGCAGUCUCCAAGGCGCGUAGCCGUGCCAGUUCUGGUGAAGGACGGUAAACCGUGCCAGAACGGCUCCAACACACCGACACCGAACCAGCAACAGGUGCAACAACAACAGAACGGAGCCGGAGUUGUGCUCGCGUCCUCGACCAGCAGCAGCCUUGCGCAGCAGCAGCAGCAUCAGAGCCAGCAGCAGCAGCAGCAGCAGCAGCAGCAGGUGAACGCUUUGGAGCUGGAGGAGAUGUCACCCAGUCCUCCAUCACUGCACAGCCAGCUCAACAUGGCACAGAUAGACACAUCUGCUGUAGAUUACACCAGUAACAUGGUCAGCUCAAACCUCCUCUACGGCAGAACGUGGUAGGACUUCAUACAGUACUGUCACACUUUCCACUUUUUUCUAUGUGAAAACCUGCGGAUGAGCCCA